GUGCGUGGCUGCCUGCGGGGCUGAGCUGUGAGUUUGUACCGCUGAUCACGGUAAAGCCUGCUGGAGUUUGGACCGCAAGCAGCCCGAGAGACAACCUGUUGGCGUCCCCAGUCCACGGCCACACUUUUCACUUUACCCUCCAAACUCAUAGGAAUGGACUAUUAACACAAUCUGAAGACAUCCUCCACUUAUAUUUCAAAGCGAGCUGUCUAAAGCACACCGACCUCCACAGCAGCCAUGGGCAAACAGAACAGCAAGCUGCGUCCAGACGUGAUGCAGGACCUGGUGGAGAACACAGACUUCACUGAGCACGAGAUCACGGAGUGGUACAAGGGCUUCCUGCGGGAUUGUCCCAGUGGCUCUCUCACACUCGAGGAGUUCAAGAAGAUCUAUGCGAACUUCUUCCCCUAUGGCGAUGCAUCCAAGUUUGCCGAGCACGUCUUCCGUACUUUCGACGCCAAUGGAGACGGGACCAUCGACUUCAGGGAGUUCAUCAUCGCCCUGAGCGUCACGUCCCGUGGUAGACUGGACCAGAAAUUGAAAUGGGCCUUCAGCAUGUACGACCUCGAUGGCAACGGGUACAUUAGCAAGGCGGAGAUGUUGGAGAUUGUAACGGCAAUCUAUAAAAUGGUGUCUUCUGUGAUGAAAAUGCCCGAGGAUGAGUCCACACCAGAGAAACGCACAGACAAGAUCUUCAGACAAAUGGACACAAAUAGAGAUGGUAAACUGUCGCUGGAGGAGUUUGUGGAAGGCGCCAAGAAUGACCCAUCUAUUGUCCGACUUCUCCAGUGCGACCCGAGCAGCGCGGGACAGUAGACUCCUGGACCUAUUAACAUUUUAAUAAUUAGACUGAAACCAAUCCUUCCUCAUUGACCCGUUCCACUGUUUGAAUUGAUCAGCUGAAGUUCUAGAGGCACAUGAAGCCAUACUUGCAUAUAUCCAUACACCGUUGUAAAUAGUUGUAAACCAAAGCAUUCAUAGUACUGUGUGUCUCCAUGUGUCUCUACGGCUGGUCAAAAAAGGGUCUGAAAUGGUACAAGGCUCAAGGAUAAUCCAACGCAUCCUCAAGCUACUACCACCUCACAGCAGAGAAGAAUCCAAGUUUGAAGUUGUUGUUUUUAUUUUUUAUUUUAUUUUCAAAGCAUUUUCCAGAAGGGGGGAACCCUGCUGGUAUAACUUGGGUUGAUGGACUGAGAAGUAUUUUGCAUCUGAGAGAAAAAAAAGGAAACACUGGAUAGAAGUUGUUAUAUUAUGCUGUAAAUGGAGCAAGACAUUCUGGGAAAUGUAGUUUUUAAACAAUAGAAGGAUUUUAGAAGGGACAAACAGGUCAUUGUGUAUUUUGGAGAAGUAUGUUACAUUAAACCAAAACUGACUGAAUAUUUUAAAUGAAGGGGGGACUUUGUAAACAAAGUUAUUGGAAAAGUGACUUUUUUUUUUUUUGUUUCGAACAUGCACAUCACAGAAACAAUAAUUUUGAAGAUAUGCAUAAACCAGACUGUGUUCUGUUCGUUCAGCUAAUGUUAAAACUAAAGUGUAAACAAAAAGUUAGCUCUUUGAAUACUUAAUAUAGGACAUAUACUCUUUACUUGGAGAUGACGUGGCGAUCGGCUGCAUUUCACUUUUAACUUAUUUGAAUGUGAACAUUUUAUUUUCUUUUACUUGACAAAUGUAAUAUGUGUACAGUAUAUUCAAACGGUAAUGCUAGAGACAGCGUUGAAAGGAGAGGACCACAUGCAUCGCUAAUGAAUCUGCUUUGAAUAACUGCUGCUACUUUUAGAUGAUGCUUUUUCCCAUUUUUGACAAGAAAGUAGCUCCACAUCUUUACGGCUUGACGUGAGCUACCACCCUGAGAUUAAAUUUCUCAUAAACUCAAAAAUAGGAGAUAUUCAAUUUCAUUUUUCAACGGUUCUGCUUUGUAUAAUGUCUUUUCUUAAAUGGUUUUCAAACUUAACACUCAGAAUUGUACCUUUUAAAAAUAUUUGGAUUUUUGAAGUACAUCCUGAGAUCAUUAAAAAGAAGAAUGGACUCAAUGGAGCAAAAAGCUGAACCGGAUCUAAAUUGGGUCUAAAUUGGGUCUAAAUCGGGUCUAAAUCACUGCAUCCUAAUCACAGUAAGAUUCCACGAGUACCAAUCCCAAGGUUUGAGAAUUACUGUGAUUAAAUUGUUGCAAUUUUUAAUGUACAUUUUAAAGUCAAUAAUUGUUCAAUGUUAUAAAUUAACCAUGAGCUUCCACAGCAUUUAUUAAGUCUGCUUCAAUCUAUGUUCAUCCAUCUCCCAUCAUUGAGGUCUGCUACUGCCUGCUGUGUAAAACCAGAGCAACAUCAAGUUUUUUUCACUGAGAAUUAUUUAAAUAGUUAAUGAUUUUGGGCUCAUUUCAAGUAGUCAACCAUUACAAGACACUCCUGUAUAUCACUUUCUAGCAUCCUGUGGUCAAGUGCCAAAUGUAGACGACAAAAAGGACAGUAUUGUAUCCGUUUAUACUGAACAGAGGCUACCUGUCGAACAAAACAACAUUGUGACUGUUUCAUUUUGUAGAUUUUGUAUAACUCACAUUAUGUGCUCUGUGUAGGAUGUCCAUUUUGUUAUUCAAAUAAAAAAACAAAAUGGUGAAAAAAGACGC